AUUAUUUUGUAAAAUUUGCGGUUUGCUUUUGGUUUUUAUUGUGCCUGUCUUUGCAUUUCUAGCGUUGUGAUAACGAGAUGUCCGAAGAUGCAUCACGGACAUAUUCCUUCGACCGGAUCCUGAAUUUCCGAGAUGUGGGAAAGACGAUCAACCAGUAUACUGGCAAGAGACUAGUAGCUGAGGGCCGUUUGUUUCGAUCCGCCAGGCUUGACGACGCAACCGUUUCUGACCGCGAAGCGCUUCGACAUGAUGUCGGAAUCAAGACGGUCAUGGACCUGCGAACGAAGUCAGAGCAUGUUAAGCAGGCUAAGAAGCGCGAGGGGGACCUCAAAAUACCGGCGUUGGUGAAGUCUAAUGAUGCCUUGGCGGAACCGAUUCAGAUUCCUGGGUUGGAGUACUGCAAUAUCAAUAUCAAUGGAAAGGGCUUUGAGCGGACACUCUUGUGGAGGCUGUCUUUUUGGAAUAUUUUCAAGGUUCUAAUCCUCAUGCUCUCCGGCUACCGCAUGGAGGCCAUCAGCAUCCUCGGCCGCGAAGUCAUGAAACCCCGCGGCCUCAUCGGCCUAGGCUACGACACCAUUGACUACUGCGGCGCCGAACUAGCCACCGCCCUCCGCGAAUUCGCCUCCUCCCCCCGCUACCCCAUCCUCGUGCACUGCACGCAAGGAAAAGACCGGACAGGCCUGAUCAUCUGCCUUCUCCUGCUCCUGCUCGACGUCCCCAUCGACGCCGUGACGUACGACUACACGCUGAGUGAAGCGGGCUUGCUGCCAGAGAAGGAGGAGAGGAUGGUGGAGAUUAGGGAGAUUGGGUUGACGGAGGAGUUUGCUAGUGCGCCGGGGGAGUGGAUUGGGAAGAUGAAUGAGUAUUUGGGUGAGAAGUAUGGGGGGACGAGGGAGUAUCUUGGGGGGAUUGGGGUUGGUGAGGAGGUGCAGGCGAGGAUUGUGGAGGCGCUGUUGGGUUGAUGGGAAGACUGGAGGAGAUUCUGUUUGUUAGACGUUUAAAGGGGCUUAUCCUGCACCGUCUUUAAUCCCUUGCGUCUCCUCCAGUCUCCUACCUCCAGUCUCUGGCCUUUAGAGUCUCGCCUCCUAUCUCUUCCUCAGUCUCUCACGCCUGGUCUCUCACUUCCAGUCUCUCACCGCCAGUAUCUCGUCUCCAAGCUCUCAUCUCCAGUCCCCCAAUUCCGUCCCUCACGUCCAGUCUCUCACCUUCCAUGGCUGGGAUCCACCUUACGAAGACGCGGGUUUGAAGUGCUAUCCCCGCUAUCCGAGCCUCCCAUUCCCGUCAAUUCCCCGCCAAUUCCUCGUCAAUUCACCGUCAAUUCCCCGUCAACUCCCCGAACUAAAGCGUUAUCUCCAUCCUCUUGGCAUAAAUCACGGAAUCCGUUGGAGUUCUUCUCUCUUUUACCCCCCUAUCCCUACCCAAACAGUGACGUAUACGGAGGCCUAACCAUACU